AUGUUGCUGAAAUAAUUUUAAGUUAAUAGGUAUUAUGUGGUGAUUCAUUAAAAAUUUGAGAUUCAUAAAUUAAUAAUUGGUUUAAAAAUUGAAAUAAUUGUUGUUGAAGACGCAAUAAUAAAAAAUGAAUUAAAGGGAUAUAACACUGUAAAUGCACAGAUAACUAGUGUGUUGAGUAAUGUUAAUGCAAGACUGGUGGAUAAUGCAAAUGUACUAACUGUAAGUGCAGUGAUUGCUAAUGCACAGAUAAAUAAUGUGUUGAGUAAUGCUAAUGCAAGACUGGUGGAUAAUGUAAGUGUACAAACUGUAAGUGCAGUGAUUGCUAAUGCACAGAUAAAUAAUGUGUUGAGAAAUGCUAAUGCAAGACUGGUGGAUAAUGUAAGUGUACUAACUGUAAGUGCAGUGAUUGCUAAUGCACAGAUAAAUAAUGUGUUGAAUAAUGCUAAUGCAAGACUGGUGGAUAAUGUAAGUGUACAAACUGUAAGUGCAGUGAUUGCUAAUGCACAGAUAAAUAAUGUGUUGAAUAAUGCUAAUGCAAGACUGGUGGAUAAUUGCAGUGAUUGCUAAUGCACAGAUAAAUAAUGUGUUGAGAAAUGCUAAUGCAAGACUGGUGGAUAAUGUAAGUGUACAAACUGUUCCUGCUAAUUGCCUUAAAAAUAAGAUAUACAAUGA